UUUUCUGAGAUUUUCUUGAUACACAUAUAUGUGUAUAUAUACGUCUAUAUACAGAACAGAGGAACCUCUACCCGAUUAUCUUCACAUCAAGCCGCCUAUAUAUACAUUCACAUCGAGCCGCCUAUAUAUACAGUCACAUCGAGCGUGUGUGGCCAACGCUUCUGUCUUACGGGAAUUGACCGAGUGUGUCUAUAUAUAGACCCGAUCGAGUUGGGCUUCUGUCUACGCGAAUGAGUGUGCGGUCUGUGGAAAAAUUUGGUAAUAAUCUGAAGAAACCAUGGUCUGUUCGGGGACGAAGGUGGACUCGAGAGCAAAAGCGAGAUUUAAGAAAAGGAGAGAGUGUUUGAAGAAGAAAACUAUGGAACUCUCUGUUUUGUGCGACAUCAAUGCGUGUAUGGUCUGCGUGGGGCCUGAAGGCGAGAUCGAGACGUGGCCGGAAAACCCUAGCAAUGUGAAGAAGUUAAUCGAUGUUUACAAAGAAAAUUGCAAGAAACGCCAAGUGAUCCAUAAAAGUGCUGAUGAUGAUGUGCUGAGAAAAGAUGGCUUCAAGAUGGUGAUGCCAGAUUGGAAUGAGGCUUCGCUUAAUGGGUUAUCAAGUGAGUCACUGAUGGGUUUCAAGGGAUGCUUAGAUUCCAAGUUGGAGGCCAUAACAAAGAGAAUUGAGUUUGUGAAAUUUGGCCCCUCACUACCAGUUGCCUCCAUCACCAACCACCAACAGAAUGACCUAGCUUUGUCUCAGUGGUGGCUUCUCUAUGGAUGAAUGUACUUAGCACAUACUCUGAUUAUGUAUAUUUGGGAUAUGUUGUUUGAACAAUUAUUGUAACUAUUCAUUAAUUCUUUAAUUUUGCAAAUUCUACUUUUAACCCAUUAAUGAUGAAAUGUUGUACUGUUGAAUUCUCUAGU